AUGGUAGUCAACGCACUCUGGGGCUUUUUCCAAAGCAGUUGGUGGAGCGAUAUGGGCGAGACGAUGAAGGGUGCCUGGAAGGGGCAGGGAGGUGAGUUUAGGCUCCAUUAUUCAGCAUCCCAUCAUCCCCAUCAUCCCUCUCCAUCCCAUCACACGUCUCUAGAUCGCGCCGCAUGUGGAAUUCCGAAACAGGCACACUGACGUUUGGUUCUGUUUCCUCCUCUCAGCGGGACUGCAGGGCGCUUCGACGGCGGUGGGGAAUUUCGCGGCGGAGACGGUCCAGUCCAAGGGACAGAAAGCGGCGGAUGCGGCGAAUGCGAGUCUGACGGAGAUGGCGAAUGGUGAGUUGAGUGGUGUCCGGAUACCUUGUAUCGGCGUGGGUGGGGGGGGGUUUUUUUUGGCUGAUCCGGUUCGUUCUCUGCAGGCAAUAAGAGGACGGCUCCGACCAUCGGGGGAACGAGUAUCGAUGCGGGUUCGCAGGCUGUCAAUCAGCAGACGGGUUCUGCCGAUCACCUGGGGAUGGCAUUGAAGAAGUGA